AUGGGGAUAUGCAGUUCUAGCGAGUCAAGUUGUGUAGUAGCGACGGCUAAGUUGAUAUUGGAAGAUGGGAGACUACAAGAAUACUCGCAUCCCGUUAGAGUCUCUUACCUUUUGCAAAAGUUUCCUGACUCUUUUAUCUGCAAUUCCGAUGAAAUGGGUUUCGACGACGUCGUUUUGGGUGUCACCGACGAUGAGGAGCUCCAGCUUGGCCAAAUCUACUUCGCCCUUCCCCUCUCCCUUCUCAACCGCCGCCUCCUUCCCCAGGAUAUGGCCGCAUUGGCCGUCAAAGCCAGCUCUGCUCUUGGACGGAAUGUUGUCGUCUUCUCCGCCAAGAAUCCGCCGGGAAAUGCUGGAUCUUGGCGGCGGAGAGGGAAGUUCUCGGCGAGGUUGAAUGUCAUACCCGAAUGA